GACUUCCGGCGAGUGACGCGCCGGGGUUCGGCUACAAAAGAAGUCGGCUGCGGCGGGCCGGGCGGAACUUUCCAGAACGCUCGGUGGGUGGCGGAGGAGCCGCGUCUGCCUGAACCGCGCUGUACUACGCUCCUCUCUCCGCUCUCCAGCACCGGCCCACUCACCGGCUGUAAACCAUGGUGAAAGAAACCACGUACUAUGAUGUUUUGGGGGUCAAACCCAAUGCCACCCAGGAAGAAUUGAAAAAGGCAUAUAGAAAAUUGGCUCUCAAGUACCACCCUGAUAAGAAUCCAAAUGAAGGGGAAAAGUUUAAACAGAUUUCUCAAGCUUACGAAGUUCUCGCUGAUUCCAAAAAAAGGGAAUUAUAUGACAAAGGAGGAGAGCAGGCAAUUAAAGAGGGCGGAGCAGGUGGUGGUUUUGGCUCGCCCAUGGACAUCUUCGAUAUGUUCUUUGGAGGAGGAGGAAGGAUGCAAAGAGAAAGGAGAGGUAAAAAUGUUGUUCAUCAGCUCUCAGUGACCUUAGAAGACUUGUAUAACGGUGCAACAAGAAAACUUGCUCUGCAAAAGAAUGUGAUUUGUGACAAAUGUGAAGGCCGAGGUGGUAAGAAAGGAGCAGUAGAGUGCUGCCCUAACUGCCGGGGGACUGGCAUGCAAAUACGGAUACACCAGAUCGGACCGGGAAUGGUUCAGCAGAUCCAGUCGGUGUGCAUGGAGUGCCAGGGUCACGGAGAACGCAUCAGCCCUAAAGACAGAUGUAAGAGCUGCAAUGGAAGGAAAAUAGUUCGAGAGAAGAAGAUUUUAGAAGUUCACAUUGAUAAAGGCAUGAAAGACGGUCAGAAGAUAACAUUCCAUGGUGAAGGAGACCAAGAGCCAGGACUGGAGCCGGGAGACAUUAUCAUUGUCUUAGACCAGAAGGACCAUGCUGUUUUCACACGACGAGGAGAAGACCUGUUCAUGUGUAUGGACAUACAGCUGGUCGAAGCAUUGUGUGGCUUCCAAAAGCCAAUAUCCACUCUUGACAACCGAACCAUAGUCAUCACCUCUCAUCCAGGUCAGAUUGUCAAGCAUGGAGAUAUAAAGUGUGUGCUAAAUGAAGGUAUGCCAAUAUACCGUCGGCCAUAUGAGAAAGGACGUCUAAUCAUUGAGUUUAAGGUAAACUUCCCUGAAAAUGGCUUUCUCUCUCCUGAUAAACUCUCUUUGCUGGAAAAACUUCUUCCUGAAAGGAAGGAAGUAGAAGAGACUGAUGAAAUGGAUCAGGUAGAGCUGGUGGACUUUGAUCCAAAUCAGGAAAGACGGCGUCAUUAUAAUGGAGAAGCAUACGAGGAUGAUGAACAUCACCCUAGAGGUGGCGUUCAGUGUCAGACCUCUUAAUGGGCCAGUCACUAUGACAUUCUAUAUGCGGUAGUGAAUGUGGGAAGGACUGUAGUCAUAAUAUGCUCACUACUUGGCUAUUGUUUUUGUUUUAACUAUAGUAGUGUUUUAAAGGUUAAAUGAAGAAUAAACACAAAUAUAAAAGCUCUGACUUUGCCCUGUAUGUAUGAUGACUUCAAUGUGCAAGAUGAAAGUUUAAUACUUGUAAAAACUACUUUAAAAGUUCUCUAGCAUAUGUUAGGCCAUAUCUUGUGUAACUGAUAAUAGCUGUGUACAUUAGACUGACCUGCUAGGUAUGUGUUGUUUGACCAUUCGUUGUUAAGCUAUGGAAUUAAAAUUCUGUAUUUAACUGGUAAUCAGAAAAAGAAUUAUUAGCAACA